CAACAAUGAGCACACGCAAUCGCACUCCGCCGCUCUUGGAACCCUACCUCCGUCUACCCUCCGAAGGAUCACAGCUCCUGCUAACCGGCGUCCUCGACUCGUCUCCCCAAUGGCUCGUCACCCGCCUGCUCCGUAGCGCAUUUACAUCGUCCUCAGAAACAGAAGCAUCAGAAGAGCAGGAUGUGACUGUUGUCUUGGUAUCUUGGUUACGCGACUUUGAGUUCUGGAAGAGCGAGGCUAGAAGAGGCGCUCAGGAUAAAUUCGUUUUUGUGGAUGGGUUGACGCAUUUGUUUCCUGUUGCGACAGCGAAUACUGCGACUGCAACAUCGACGAUACCUGCUCCAACAGCACAGAGAACACUGCCUGUGAGGAACACACCUGCGUCGCCAUUGCCGAGUCGAGGUGGACCGUUACCGGCUCGAGGCCCUAUACCUUCUCGAGGACCACCAGCUGCCGUUCCUUCANCAACCACAAAUCCAACAAACCCAACAACCACAAACCCCUCCCAGCCAACCAUCGAAAACAACAUACCUCAAAGAAGCCUCGAUAGCUUCGACCCACAAAGCCCUCUCCUCACUCCUAUCUUCCCUGCAACCUACCCACCCGACCCGAAAAAUCCACUUAAUCCUCGACUCACCAACCACUCUCCUCUCAACCUCCAGCACUCCCUCCGCCUCCUCCCUCUCUUCCCUUUUACUAUCCCUGCACUCUUUGGUGUCANNACAACAACUCUAAUCCUCGAAGCCGACUUCCCUUUUGUAUCUGCAGCACUGCCGGACAUAAACCACAACCCUACACCGUUAGAGGCUGCUCAUGCAGCCUUUGUGGUUCAGCAAGCACAUAUCAGUAAAUGGGUUUGCAGUCUGCGACCACUGGAUACGGGAAAAGCUAGGGAUGUUAGUGGUGUGGUAAGGGUGAGUAGAGGUGGUGCUUGGGAUGAUGAUGUUGAGGAAGGAGAUACAAAAGAGCCAGAGAGGAAAGAGUUGGAGGCUUUGUAUUUUGUGCAGAAUGAUGGUGGGGUUAGAGUGUUUGAGAGAGGCGAGGCUAGUGUUGGU